AUGAUCCAGGUGUGGCGCGCUGUCCCUGGUAUCGAUGCCGCUGGUGUCAUCCACGCCGUCAGCGACGAGGUCCUCAGCCUUUCCGGCAUGGAGCCGCAGACCGGCGCGUUUCCAGGGGACUCCACCGUUCCGGCCUACAUGGUUGCGAAGAAAACUUUCGUAAUGAUGUUCAAGGAGGCUGCAUCACUUCCGUAA